AUGCCAUACCUUGUUAUUUGGCCUGUUCUUACUCCGGAUCGAGCAGCCUGCUUAAUUGACAGUUUAUUCGUAUUGCUCAAAGGGCUUCGGGCAGUUCUUCGAACACCAUGUCCACCAAUAAGAGUACCUCGUUCCUUAGCCACUUCUUUUCUGGCGUUGACAAAAGUCAGGGAGACCAAGGUAUUGCAUCGCAUAUUGCGUCGCCAACUACCCAAGAGGAUCUUUCUUUAUCGUCUUCCAAGGACAAAAUUAACACGGGUUCCAGUCAAUCGUUACAUCAACGUGGCGUGGACUGGGGACACAGAGAGCGCCUCUUAA